CUUAAGACUCCUGCCCUAUCACUCCUUCCCGGCUAGGCUCUGUAACCCUUGCCCAGAUCACCCACACGCUGAUACCAUCCCAGUCCCUUGCCCCCCCCCCGCCUACCACACUCCAGUUUCCCGCAGUUGUUCAUCCAGCCCUUUUGUACCUUGUUGCCUCAGCCUCCAUGACCCUUCUCUUGAUCAUCCUCUCACCCAACAGGACUCAGUCCUCUGCCCUUGGCUGUCUACUUCAGUCUCCCAAUCUUGUUCACCCAAUGCCUCUGCCUCUUUCUUCACUGUCUUGUUUUGUGUCACUUUCUCAUUAACUUUAUGUCCAGCUGUGAUGGAUAUCCCCAGAGGCUUCCCUGAUCGUUCCUGAUGUUGAGGCCAGAUUUAAUGUGGUUAGUGCCAUUACCUUGACCAUGGCUUUGCUGAGCUCUGAGGGAGUGGUUGAAGGAACUUUGGGAAACACUGGCAGGUCCUGUCCACUUUGGACUGUCCUGUAUGACUAUGAAGCCACUGGUGAAGAUGAGCUGAGUUUGCGAAGAGGAGAAGUAGUUGAAGUUCUCUCAAAAGAUGCAGCAGUCUCUGGAGAUGAUGGCUGGUGGACAGGCAAAAUCCACCACCAACUCGGUAUCUUCCCAGCCAACUAUGUGACUUAUCAGCCAGGUCGCUAUCAACAUUGCCAGUUGGCUUUGUUGGACAAGUCUGGACAUCAGGCCGAAAGCCUGACGAUGAAUGAUGGGCCUACAGUAGGUGGCGGAGACCAGGUGGAUUCAGUAGCAGAGAUUGAUUUCCAGCAUCUGGAGCUGCAAGAGAUCAUUGGGGUUGGGGGUUUUGGUAAAGUUUACAGAGCUAUAUGGAAGGGUGAGGAAGUAGCAGUGAAAGCUGCUCGACAGGAUCCAGAUGAAGACAUCAUGGCCACUGCAGAGAGUGUGAGACAGGAGGCAAAGUUGUUUUCCAUGUUGAAACAUCCCAACAUCAUUGAACUUCAUGGCGUGAGCUUGAAGGAGCCUAACCUCUGCUUAGUGAUGGAAUUUGCAAGAGGAGGACCCCUCAACAGAGCCCUGUCAGGCGCUUCCUCCACCAGUAGUGGGAGUCACUGGGGCCGUCGCAUCCCUCCUCACAUACUAGUCAACUGGGCAGUGCAGAUAGCUCGUGGAAUGCUUUAUUUACACGAAGAAGCCAUAGUUUCCAUCCUUCACAGAGACCUCAAAUCAAGCAACAUACUCUUGCUUGAGAAGAUCGAGAAUGAUGAUAUCCAUAACAAAACUCUGAAAAUUACAGAUUUUGGCUUGGCUAGAGAGUGGCACAGAACAACUAAAAUGAGUGCUGCAGGAACAUAUGCCUGGAUGGCUCCCGAAGUUAUCAAGUCGUCCAUGUUUUCUAAAGGAAGUGAUAUCUGGAGUUAUGGCGUAUUGCUGUGGGAACUACUUACGGGAGAAGUUCCUUAUCGUGGCAUUGAUGGUCUUGCUGUGGCUUACGGCGUUGCUGUCAAUAAGCUUAUUUUGCCCAUUCCAUCCACCUGUCCUGAACCAUUUGCUAAACUAAUGAAAGAGUGCUGGGCCCAGGAUCCUCAUAUCCGGCCAUCAUUUACUUUGAUCCUGGAGCAACUUACCGCCAUUGAAGAGGCUGUUAUAACUGAGAUGCCUCAUGAAUCUUUUCAUUCCAUGCAAGAUGACUGGAAACUUGAAAUCCAACAGAUAUUUGAUGAACUGAGGACCAAGGAAAAUGAGCUAAGGUCACGAGAAGAAGAAUUAACAAGAGCUGCUCUUCACCAAAAGUCUCAAGAAGAGUUGCUGAAACGGCGGGAACAGCAGCUGGCAGAACGGGAAAUUGAUGUAUUGGAACGAGAAUUAAAUAUUUUGAUAUUCCAGUUGAAUCAAGAGAAACCCAAUGUGAAAAAGAGGAAGGGGAAGUUUAAAAAAAGCAGAUUAAAACUUAAGGAUGGGCAUCGAAUUAGUCUACCUUCAGAUUUUCAGCACAAGAUAACAGUGCAGGCUUCUCCAAAUCUAGAUAAGCGAAGAAGCUUAAACAGCAACAGCUCUAGUCCACCAAGUAGUCCCCCAAUAAUUCCCCGUCUUCGAGCUAUACAGUUGAUUUCCAAAACUGACCCCAGUACUGCUAAUGGGCAGAGAAAUAGUAUUUAUGUGUACCAGCAAGAUGUAGAUAUCACAAGUGAAUAUGAACUUCCCAGUGGGUUUAAGAAAAAAGUAACCUCCGAUGAGAGCAACAGAACCUGGGGAAGAAGCACAGCUUGUCAUCAGGAAGAAUUUGAAGAUGUGAAGCAAAGCUUUAAAAAGAAAGGUUGUACUUGGGGACCAAACUCAGUGCAAACAAAAGAGCGCACAGAUUGUAAAGAGAGAGUAAGACCACUCUCAGAUGGCAGUAGUCCUUGGUCAACACUUCUGAUGAAGAAUCAGAAAGGUGUUCCACUAGCUUCAUUGUUCAUGGAUCAAGAGCAGAAGCUUUCCCCUGAAGGUCUGGAAACUAAGCGACCAAAACAGUUAAAAUUGCCAAAUCAGGCCUACGUUGAUCUACCUCUUGCGAAGGAUGACCAAGGACUAAACUCUGCAGAACAGGAAAGGUUUGAAGAAGGAAAUCCAGCAAGUUCUGCAAACAGCACUCCACAAAUGACCCCUACAAACAGUUUUGGUAAAACAUUACAGAGAAGGAGAACAGACUCUGUACUAUAUGGCUGUGCUGUCCUUCUCGCAUCUGUACCACUGGGCUUGGAUAUUAGGGAGCUGAACAGAGCACAGGUUCCAGAUGAAGUGUUGCCCAAGGAGGAAAAGAAAAAACGUGAUGGCCUCUUUCAGCGAGCUUCCAAGUUUCGCAGAAGUGCAAGCCCUGUAAGGCUGCAGUCCAAAAAAGAGGAGACCCACAUCCCUUCGUUAUGCCCAUGUGAAAGUACUGUGAAUCUUCUGUCCAUGUCUUCGGUUUCCACUAAAUGCCUCCUUCAGCCUGAUAAUGAAGAUGCAAUUGUGAACACACCACCCAAGAAUGGAGAUGUUCCCAUUAAAUGCUUUUUGCCAGAAAGUCCUGUAAGUGGAAGAGAACACAAGACCAACAUUGAUUCUAGUGCUGACUCUAACUUGCCAUCUCCAAGUCUUCCUUUGAAACAAGAAACCCAGUGUGUAGCAAAUACCUCUUCCUCAAAAGGGAGACUUCUGGGUCACAGACGGACUGUGUCAGAUGGAAAUCCACAUCAUUCCACAUCUAAUGGAAUUGUUGGUGGAGCUUCUGAGAUUUCACAUGUUUCAUCUCUCCAGCAAAGAAACUUCCACAGUGAUCCUCUACCUGAAAAGCAAGGAACUGUCAAUAUUAUUCCAAGACCUCGGCCUUCUUUUUUAAGAAGCAGGAUAGAUCCUUGGCAGGCAAUUCCUCGAAGCAUGACAUCAAACUGUUUUGAGAUAGAUAAUUCAGAGGGUAAUAGACGUUCAAAGGCUAACUCACUGACAGACACUGAGGACAGAACUAAAUCCCAUAUGCCCUGUUUACUUGAUAUUGAUGUAGAAGGUCAGAACAGUGACUGCACAGUGCCUUUGUGUAGGAUAAAGAACAAAGCAUGUCGACCAUCAAUACACGAACUGGAGAUGGAGUUCUUGUCCUAAGUGCCUUAGAAUUAUUUUAUACCCUUUUUAAAGGAAAAAAAGCAAAACAAAUAAAAAAUGUGUGUGUGUGUGCCGGGUAUUACUUUAUGCUGCUUUUCCCCCCUUGAAGUUGUGUUCAACAAAAGUGCUACUUCACCAGUUAGGUAAUGGAGAAGAUAUUAUGGAAGAGGGUUGCUUUGCAGACCUGUCUUUGUCCCUGAUGUUCAAUAAUAGUUUUCUAAAUGGAUUUACAAUUUUAAAAAUCAAUAAAUUUCUCACAGAUUUAAUUUAUAAUUCUUGUUUGCCAAAUGUCAAUUUCCUUUUUUCCUCUCUCUCUCUUUUUUUCAAUCCAGUUUUUACCAUUGUCUUUUUUCUUUGGCAAUUCGAUAUGCAAUAUAGUGAAGUCCCAUCAUGAUUAAGAGAUGCUUUCCCUGCAGAUAGUUUAUUUUAAAAAGCACUGUCAAAGAAUGUGGCUUUUUAAAGACACUGUUGUAGAAACCUAUUCUGUCUUUAGUGUAGAAAUAGUAACUGUUAUUUGGUAAUUGAUUGGUAACCACAUAGUGGUAUUUUAGAAUGGAGUUAUGAGAUUAUGGCUGGUCUCCUAUUGGAAGAAUUCAGAGCAGAAGUGCAGAUACAGAAGUAUUCCUCGAACACUUAUACAACUUCUGCAUAUGCAACGUUGCAUGCUCAUUCUUCCCCUGGAUGAGAGAUCAAUUGGGGCACCAGUCAUGCAACUGGAAAUCUGCCAUAGAGGGGAGAUAUUUAUGCAAUAGCCCUUUUGCUCCAUGUUUUCACAAUAGCAUUCUGACCGUAAAGAACAAAUGAUACCUUAUUUUCUAAAAAGGUAGGAUUUUGCCCAAAUAAUUACUUGUAAUGAACUGUGAUGUUGCUUGAAACAAGCACAUUUGGAGUUAAAAUUCUCAUUGAACUGUAUUCUAACUAGGUGAUAUUCAGAAAAAAUAAUUAUUUUAAGAUUAAAUUGACUUCAUUUGAAACUCACAUUAUGAGUACAGACACACUUCACUGUAUGUGUACCCAUAGUCCAUUAUGCAUUUUUUAAAAAAAUAGUCUUUAUUUGAUCACAGUGUCUGAAAUCAGUGGAUGAGGAGUUAGGAAAAAUAUUAAAUAAAGAGCAUUUUAAAAAUACAUUUGUUUUAGUCAGUGUUCUUAAUACCUAGUGCUUCUUGUCAAAAGUACUGUUGAAAAUUAUUUUGUAAACAAUUUAAUUUAUAUUUU